UAUUAUAGUUGUAGAUUGCGAGCGUAAUUUACGUUGGAGUCCUACAAUCUCACUUUUGAUAAGAAUCAUAAGAACUAAUAAGAAACAUACACAUAAACGUGUUGCAUUCGAUCACAACUAAAACUAAAUUGCCUUUUUGAGCACAAUGGCACGAGAUUGUUUGCUUAUUCUGGCAUUAGGAAUGCUUAAUUCCAAGUUCAUUACUACGGCUUUUGCCAGCGACGUGGAUACAAGGUUACGGUAUGUUGAGCACCAGGUGAAAGCAAUAUCCGAAUCGAACCAGGCCCUCCAGUCUCUAGUGCGAGAACAACAAAACAAAAUUGAUCACCUGGAACAUGUAACCGAGGCGCAGAAGCAAUUAAAUGGACAACUACUGGCUGCAAUGAGGAAUGUCUCGGGUGUUCCCAUGUCCAGAAGAGCAAAUGCAAAAAAAGAUCAACAGCCAGAAGUUGUUUCGUUCACAGCUGUAAAAGCUAUUGACCAAAUCCACAUUGGCAUCAACCAAAACAUUAUUUUCGACAAAGUCAUCAGCAACAUCGGUAACGGAUACCACGCAGACCAUGGGCUAUUCAUUGCACCUACUAGCGGAAUCUACCUUUUCUCAACCACCCUGCUGCACAGGGCGACCAUUGGUCAACCACUUCACGCGGUGAUUACGCACUCAGGUGUCCCCGUUGCUAGGAUAUAUACAGGCGUUGACAUAUUCGACUCCGGCAGUCAGACGGUCAUCAUACAGGUCAACCAAGGGGAGGAAGUGUGGGUCAGAAAUUUUGAUAUUAACGACGAAAACAUUUAUGGGUAUCUGUACAGCUCAUUUGCUGGUGUUCUGAUUGUACCACUGUAGGAGAGGCGGCAGGCAAUAAGCUUACGAUCCCAUGUUUCAUGUCAAAUGAACUUAAUAAGCUUAGUUAUUUAUAAAUUGGUCUUCAUUGAA